CGCAUUCGAAAUUCGAAUCAGUCCGCGCCGAACUGUCAACAGGUGGGGACGUGCGUUCUAACAUUUGAAAAAGAAAAAUGUUUACGAUACAGAGUUGCAAAGAAGUGUUAUCAUAACUGAGAAUUGUUUGAAUAUGACAUAAUUUUGGUGUUUUUUUUACUAUUGUGAGUUUAUAAACAUGGCUCGGAUUUUACUUGUUUUGAUAUUUGGAGUUUGGUUGGUGUCUGCUGACCAGGAGGAGGUGGAAGGUGGAAAGUGUGAGACGAUCAAGCUGCCUUUAUGCCAGGAUUUCGUAUAUAAUUGGACUGCUAUGCCCAAUCUGAUGGGUCACAAUGAUCAGAACGAAGCAGAAGAAGCGAUGGCAUCAUUCGCUGGUAUUAUAUCCAGCGGCUGCUCGGUCCACGCUCGCUUCCUCCUCUGCUCGGCGUUCGCUCCAUUCUGCUCGGAACAACUCUCUGUUUCAGUCAGCGCUUGCAGAGCUCUAUGCGAAACAGUUGCCGAAGACUGCAAGGAACAACUGAAAAUGCUUUCCCCGAACGUAAUGUUCGACUGCGCAGCGUUCCCUCUUCGGGCUGACAAAAGACUUUGCAUGAGACCACCAAACGCCAGCGACCUGGAGCCUGAACCCCCACCACCACCUCGUUGGCCUUACGAACACGAACUCCGCGAACACGGUUGCCCACCAGCCCACGCCAGAGCCCCAACAGGUGAAUGUUGGCCUGCAUGCGGCCAACACGCCCAAUACACGCAAUCCGAAAAGCGAACAGCUGAAAUAUGGAUGACAGUUCUAGCUUGGCUGUCUCUACUGUCCACAUCAAUAGCCUUGCUAACCUAUUGCGUUGAUCCAUCAAGAUACAGAUACCCAGAACGACCAGUCGUAUGGAUGGCUGCUUGCUACACGAUAGUCGCAUUGGCACAUGUAACAAGAGGAUGGCUAGGCGCAAAGAUGGUGUCCUGUUCUGGCUCAACAUUAGCCGUCGAUGGAUUAGCGUCUCCUACUUGCGUAGAGUUCUUCUCUUUGACGUACUAUUUCACUCUGGCAGCCGAUGCGUGGUUCGCAAACGCUUGUGUAGCAUGGUAUUUGACAGCUGCCAGCGAAUGGUCGACGGAAGCGUUAGAACGAGCAGCCGCAUAUCUUCACGCUGUGGCUUGGGGCUGGGCUGGUGCUUGGACUGCAGCCGCUUUAGCGCUAAGACGAGUCACGGCUGACGAACUGACCGGUACAUGUGGAAUAUCCGAUGCAGCAGCCGCAGCGCUAAUUGGUGUACCUCGAGGCGCCUUACUGGUUACAUCGAUAGCACUAGCAAUCGGAGCGUGCCCAGGGAUAAUGAGAGUUCGAAGAGCAUUGGAUUCCAGGGGAGCACGAAGAGUUGGGAGGUUAGCAGCUAGAGCAGCGGCUGUUGGUUUCUUGUAUCUUAUUUUAGCAUCAUUUGCAACGGGAAGAAGGGUUUUCGAAGCUCGAAUGAGAGUGACAGAAAGUGGACUAGCAUUGAUAGCUGCUUUAGAAGCCGGUGAACUCGAAAGCAUCACGAAAUCUGGUAGUCUGUCUAUUUGUUUGUGGUUAACUUGUGGCAUUGCAUCUGGUAUUUGGGCAUGGUCUAGGAAAUCUGCCAUGGUGUGGAAAAAGGUGUUAUGUUCACCAAAGAAGGCACCUUGCUGUGCCCCUCCACUGUUAAGACCACAUCACCCGUAUUGCAAACGACCGCUGCACGUUUCUCGGGUAUGAUCAUGGUGUGUAAGCGACUUUCGAAAGACUUUAUACUUAUGUAAUAAACUUGUGUAUUCAAUGGACUUAAAAAGUGCCUGUCUGUAUAUUGCCUUCUGUGAAGGCAUUCUCGAUUAUGUAAAUUUUGUAAAUAAUGUAAAUUUUAUUAAAUAUACU